ACGAUACGGGCCUUAGAGACCAAAAAGCGACAAUGGAAGAAUAUCUUCCCUAACUUGCUAUUAAUAGAUGGCACUUCUUUUUUCAGAUACUAAGAUGACCUUCAUCAAUGUAACUAGUAAUUCGACCAUGCUGACCAAUGACACCUGGUACAACGAGACCUACGUUUUGGAGGACCCGUUCUACGAAAGAAUGGAAGAAAUGUGCAUCAACUUCUUACUGAUCUGCUGUGCAUUGGCAAUGUGCCUCAACAUAAUCGUUGUAAUCAGCAUACAUUGGAUCAGGACUCCUCUCAAACCCAACCUAAAAAUCAGUUUGAGCUUGGCCAUUGCAGACGCUAUCAGCUCCAGUAUGACAGGUGUUCUAUUAUUCGCCGAGAAAGUCGAUGCGAUUGAAGAGAUGGGCAUGCUGCCAUGCAUUGUAGAGCUGAUAAGACUGACAGGCAUUGUUAUCACAGUGCUGCAUUUACUUGCUCUGAGUCUAAAUCACUAUAUAGGCAUACUGAAACCUUUGCACUACAACGUGAUAGUAACCAAACGCAAAGUAACUACUGUGAUCGGUUUCCUGUGGCUGUUACCGCUUCUCUUGGUGUUCAUCCUAUCAACUGUAGAGAACCACGGUCUACUGUUGAAAAACAUCAUCAACAAUACUUGCAACGAAGAGAUCUUCACAACUUUCAUUUCGAGACUCAGCUACAGCAUGCUCUUCUUCCUACCAAUCGUUUUGAUGAUUUUCUGCUAUGGACACAUCUUGGUAGCCGUGAGAAAACAACAGAAAAAAUGGAAGAAGCUGUCAAGGUUAGGAAGUACAAAGAGCAAAGGAAAGGUUAAAAGCGGCAAUUCUAAGGUAGACAAAGAGCAAGCUCGACUGCAAGGCAACAUAAAAGCAAUCAACACGACCCUGCUCAUCCUAGGCAGCUGUUUUGUGGGCUGGCUGCCUGGACUGAUGUUCUUCAUCAUGCUUUGCACAGACUGUCCGAUCAACGGCGAUGCCCUUAAGACGCUUAACAAGGAUUACAAGUACGAAGUGAUAAUUGCACGACUUGUGGAGAAUAUGCUAAUUAUUUUGAAGAUGUUCGCUAAUCCCAUAAUUUACACCAUCAGGAUUAAGGAGAUUAAACAUAGCACAGGUCGAAUGUACUUGACGUUCCUGCAUACAUUAUGUCGGACGAAGGCACAAGAGAAUACCUAUGAGCUUGCCUCCCAAUCAUCAAGAAAACACACUGUUCGUAUGAACUCUUUCAGGACCAGUGCCACAGAGUCGCAAGUUCUAUGACGCCACAUCGAAAAUACGUUUUUGUAAAAUAAAUUUGUUUAUAGUUCCUCAAGCAAAGAGUGUAUAUAACCUUCUGUCUUUGCAUAUUGUAGUAUUAGCGAUUGGUUCUAAGAAAUCGGCAAUGUGUAUAGAGACAACCGGUCAUAAAAAGUGACAUUUCAAUUCGUUGAAUUUCAAGUUACUACUGGAGAUACCAAAGAUUCGGAAUGCAAAGCAAUGCCACGAAAAUGGGUAUAUAAUAUAGUAUGCAAUUUGGUACUUAAAGUAUUGAACUGAUAUCAAGAUUUUUUAUUGAUAAAAGCUCCGGCGAGAUCUGUAGAGUAGUAUUACUAAGAUGGUAUAAAGGGGGGUAUACUUGGCAGCCGUCUAGGUUUCGAGGGAGAUUCGAAAAUUUACCGUGAUUAAUCUGUUUGUAGAAAACGAUAAGAUGUGUGUUAUACAGGGUGCGGCAGAGAGGAUGGACGGUUUUAAAAAAAUCAUAAUAGUUAAUUUUUACUCGAAAACAAAUUUAUUGAUGGAAUCAGGUUCACAAGGAAAUAGCAUUUGAGACAGUCAAGUGUGGAAAAUCACAUCAGGCAUGUGGUGGCCGAAAUCGUUGAUGCAGUGCUGGAGGCGUUUUUGGAAGUUCGCGUAGACUCUCUCCAACAUCGCUCUCUCAACUUGGAACACGUCGCCGUCGUAAUUCAGGGAGAAAGAAGUUGGUGAUCAUGUCGACGUAGCGCUUUGAGUUCACGGUAACAUCACGGCCAUUACCGUCUUCGAAGAAGUAAGGGCCAAUGAUGCAAGUUUGCGAUACAGCUCACAAAACCGUUACUUUUGGACUGUGCAGCCGUCUUUCGUGUAACUGUUGCGGAUUUUCAUUAGCCCAAUAACGACAAUUCUGCUGGUUAACCAUGCUGUUUAGGUGAAAGUGGGCUUCGUCACUCAUAGGCGAAAACGCGGUGCUCCACCGUCCAAGGGUCCAUAACCACAACUGGUAAAAUAAUGCUAGGCUCUCACGACUCAAACGGCACGCUCCCCACCUCUCUCGUGGACGGAGGCGGAGAGUACUACCCAUCCCAAAAACGUCCGUCAUCUCUGGCGCACCCUGUAUAAAAUCGUGACUGUUGACACAUUAAUAGUUUUGAGCAAAACUGAUCAUCCAAUUCGCCUCGCGUACCAUUAGAAUAAAAAACAAUACAACUCACCAUAUGACAACGCAUAAGAAACCUGACUGACGAAAAGCCUGACAGAUUAUUUUCUUGACUUCUUUGACUUUCCUCGACGCUUGUCUCCUCCUCCUCCAUUGUUUAAAAUUAACAAUGCGGACGAGUAUACCCCUUAGUGUUGCCAAAAGAAAAUGCUGUUUUAUCAAAGAAUAUUCAAGACAUAUACCUAUACUGAAAUAUCAUAGUAAUGAUGAAGUGAUUUUGAACUACGAUGCUAAAGUGAUCUUUAUACAGGGUGUUUUUAAAGUUGGGACCUCUAUUUAGACAGCGUAUAGUUCAUGUAACAGUACGCAAAAUUUCCUAGUAACACACAUACAGCAAAGCCUUAAAUAUUAAAUUCCGAAAAAAUGUGAAUCUGCUAAACCGUCACUGCAUUCAGCUUGAAAAAGUCCGACGUGCGUUGGAAUCCAAAACUCGCGCCGCUCGGUGUGUAGGUUAACUAAGAUGUUACUUUCUAAAUCAGAUUAAGAAAAACGAAAUUCGAACAUUCCUAAAGCAAUAGCGAAGUUGCCGAUUGGACGUUUGUUUAGGGCGAGUGUCUUCGAAAUGCUCUGAUACUUCGCGAGUUGCGUAGGUUUAUUUAUAUCGUAGAAAAGCUAUUUGUAGCGAAAUUAGGGUGGACACAGUAGAAGAUCUAGACACCUCGAUGUCACAAAUUGAGGAUGAAGUCAACAAAAUUGAUGUUUUUAGAUCAAAAGGCGACUCCCUCAGAUAGUAUUUACGAGCAAUAUGUGACAGUAUGGUAUUUGAAAUUUCUUAUCAAAUGAAUGAGUACUUUUCUUCAAUUGCCUUUUUACGUUUUCGCUGUUGUCAUCACACACACUAACUACUGCAAACGUAACUGAUUCUGAAACGAAAAGUCACAACUCCCCGAACAACCUAUAUAAUAAUGUAACAAGAUUAGGAAACGUAGUCUUAAAUAAAUUGCAUACCUUUUUGGGAUCUUUUAGAGAAAUAAAUGAUUUGAAAUUAACCUUUAUACAAACUUUUGAAUAUAUUUUUGCUGAAAGAAACGUCCUCAACUACACCCCAUUUUACCUGAAUAAGGUAAGCACUGUAAAUGUGAUAUAUUGUAACAGUAUUAGAAGUUUAUGUUCUACCAGGCAAGCAUUGUAAGACCAUAAUGGAAACAGUAUUUCUAAUAAAUUAAUUUACUUUUUAAAUAUGAAGGUUGACUAUGGUUGCCUGUAUUUUGUUGUUUAUUUGUAAAUAAAUGUUUGUUGUAUAUAAACAUAUUAAUCUAGUCAUACUUGUAAUUGAACGGAUCUGUUUUGGCAGACCAAAGGGGAACUAACGCGCAUACAAAUGUUGAAGUCUGGUAGCAACUGCAUAUAAAAAGUUCAGGCAAUCGCCAUUUACUGAUGUCUCAAUUCAAUCUUAUUUGCUGAUUCACUUUCUUAAAUUGUACACUAUUGUCAAUAAAAUCUGCACUUCGCGAUGUUUCAGUUGAUCGGUAACCAUCGCAACUUCAAUAUCGUCGGUACAACUUUCCCUUAACAUACUUACUUUUAACUGAAUUAAUGCAGUUGUCAAUCGAACUUCAAAAAGUUUUUAUUAAAAUAUAUGUGAUAUGAUCUUAUUUGUACUGUAUGGAAAAGAUG